UAUUGAGCCAGCGAGGAGUGGAGCCGAGCCUGGCCUCACACGCUCCUAGAGGACCACCUCCCGAGACAGAGUUCUUUUUUCCCCUUCUUUCCUCCGAGCUCCCUUUCUGCCCUCCCUCCCGGCCCGGUACAAUGCAUGCUUGAGUGGCACCGUCUGGACUCCGGGCAGCCCCAGAGAAGCGAAGCGAGCCAGAGAGAGGACUGGAGCCGAGACGCUGGUGGGGGAGCUUGGAUGCCUGGCUUUCUCUGAGGACAUCUUUGGAGCCAAGGGUGGCUUUGGGGUGGGGGUUGUGGUGCAGACAGUCCAGCACGGCCCCAAGAUGGACCCUUCUGGACACUUCCAUGACUCGGGGGUGGGGGACCUGGAUGAAGACCCCAAGUGCCCCUGUCCCUCCUCGGGGGAUGAGCAGCAGCAGCAGCAGCAGCAGCAGCAGCAGCAGCAACAGCAGCAGCAGCAGCCCCAGCCGCCGCCGCCACCACCGCCAGCACCAGCAGCAGCCCCCCAGCACCUUUCGGGACCCCCGGUGCAACCUCAGCCUCCUCAGCUGCAGCAGCAGCCGCCACCGGCGCCAGCGCAUCCCCUCUCUCAGCUCGUGCAACUCCAGAGCCAGCCCGUCCACCCCGGCCUGCUGCACUCCUCUCCCUCCGCGAUCAGGGGCCCCCCUUCGUCCAACUCCACUGCCAUCCUCCACCCUUCCUCCAGACAAGGCAGCCAGCUCAAUCUCAAUGACCACUUGCUUGGCCACUCUCCAAGUUCCACAGCCACAAGUGGGCCCGGAGGAGGCGGCCGGCACCGGCAGGCCAGCCCCCUGGUGCACCGGCGGGACAGCAACCCGUUCACGGAGAUCGCCAUGAGCUCCUGCAAGUACAGUGGUGGGGUCAUGAAGCCCCUCAGCCGCCUGAGCGCCUCCCGGAGGAACCUCAUUGAGGCUGAGCCCGAGGGCCAGCCCCUGCAGCUCUUCAGCCCCAGCAACCCCCCCGAGAUCAUCAUCUCUUCCCGGGAGGAUAACCAUGCCCACCAGACCCUGCUCCACCACCCCAACGCCACCCACAACCACCAGCACGCCGGCACCACCGCCAGCAGCACCACCUUCCCCAAAGCCAACAAGCGGAAAAACCAAAACAUUGGCUAUAAGCUGGGACACAGGAGGGCCCUGUUUGAAAAGAGAAAGCGGCUGAGUGACUAUGCUCUGAUUUUUGGGAUGUUUGGAAUUGUUGUUAUGGUGAUAGAGACCGAGCUCUCUUGGGGUUUGUACUCAAAGGAUUCCAUGUUUUCCUUGGCCCUGAAAUGCCUUAUCAGUCUGUCCACCAUCAUCCUUCUGGGGUUGAUCAUCGCCUACCACACCCGUGAGGUCCAGCUGUUCGUGAUCGACAACGGCGCUGACGACUGGCGCAUCGCCAUGACCUACGAGCGCAUCCUCUACAUCAGCCUGGAGAUGCUGGUGUGCGCCAUCCACCCCAUCCCCGGCGAGUACAAGUUCUUCUGGACGGCGCGCCUGGCCUUCUCCUACACGCCCUCGCGGGCGGAGGCCGACGUGGACAUCAUCCUGUCCAUCCCCAUGUUCCUGCGCCUGUACCUGAUCGCCCGCGUCAUGCUGCUGCACAGCAAGCUCUUCACGGACGCCUCGUCGCGCAGCAUCGGCGCGCUCAACAAGAUCAACUUCAACACCCGCUUCGUCAUGAAGACGCUCAUGACCAUCUGCCCGGGCACGGUGCUGCUGGUCUUCAGCAUCUCGCUCUGGAUCAUCGCCGCCUGGACCGUGCGCGUCUGCGAAAGGUACCAUGACCAGCAGGAUGUCACGAGUAACUUCCUGGGCGCCAUGUGGCUCAUCUCCAUCACGUUCCUGUCCAUCGGCUACGGGGACAUGGUGCCGCACACGUACUGCGGGAAGGGGGUGUGUCUGCUCACAGGCAUCAUGGGAGCAGGCUGCACAGCGCUCGUGGUGGCGGUGGUGGCCCGGAAGCUGGAGCUCACCAAGGCCGAGAAGCACGUGCACAACUUCAUGAUGGACACCCAGCUCACCAAACGGAUCAAGAAUGCGGCGGCGAAUGUCCUCCGGGAAACGUGGCUGAUCUAUAAACACACGAAGCUGCUAAAGAAAAUCGACCAUGCCAAAGUCAGGAAGCACCAGAGGAAGUUCCUCCAGGCCAUUCACCAACUGAGGAGCGUCAAGAUGGAGCAGAGGAAGCUGAGUGACCAGGCCAACACCCUGGUGGACCUUUCCAAGAUGCAGAAUGUCAUGUACGACCUGAUCACGGAACUCAACGAUCGGAGCGAGGACCUGGAGAAGCAGAUUGGCAGUCUGGAGUCCAAGCUGGAGCACCUCACGGCCAGCUUCAACUCCUUGCCCCUGCUCAUCGCCGACACGCUGCGCCAGCAGCAGCAGCAGCUCCUGUCUGCCCUCCUGGAGGCCCGGGGCGUCAGCGUGGCGGUGGGCACCCCGCACACCCCGCUGUCCGACAGCCCCAUCGGGGUCAGCUCCACCUCCUUUCCGACCCCGUACACAAGCUCCAGCAGUUGCUAAAUAAAACUCCCCACUGCAGACGCAUUACCCAUAGGUCUUAAGAUGCAAAUCAGCUCUUCCCCUGGUGGCGUUGCCGUGGAGGAACCUUCCGACCGGGGGAGGACGGAAGAGAGACCCCGCUGGUGGACGGACGUGUUCGUUCGGCCUGCCUGGAUCGCCAUGCCUUGAAACCAGAAAUCUAAUCUCUGUUUAGGUGCCUCUACUUGGGAGUGGGAAGAGGAGAAGAUGGCGGGGUCCCUGCCGCACAGCUGGUGGAGAACAGAAGCCCACGCUCAAUCUCAGGUCUU